AUGGCUCCUAAAAAAGACAAAGAUCGUAAUGAUGAGAAUAACUGGCGAACGUAUAUCGAGGAAGCUGUUUUAAAUGAAGAUAAUUGGCAAGUUAAGGUUGUUGUCUUUGAAGCUGUUGGUAACGAGCAAGAGGCACUCUAUUUGAACAAAUUCGAGACUUAUGCCCAGCAAGAAAAACGAUUUGUAAUUAAAAAUAUCUGUAAGUCUGAAACCAUGUUUAUGAUUAACCAACUAGGAGGAGAAAAAAAGGUUAAGGAUGAAAAUAUGCGAAUAUUCGAAGAAGGUUAUAUGUAUCUUAAAGAAAAGAAAGAUGUUGCUCCUGAUGUAUUAGCGCUUAUAAUAAAGUAUCUAAUUUUGAAAAUGAAAGAAGAAUACAUGUUUGUUCAACAUCAAAAAUUGGUUGUUAAAGAAGGAAUGCGAAAAGAAUCUUUUACAAUGAUUGAUCGAGCUGAGGUGAAGAACAACAUCUCAGGUCAGGGCGUUACUCCAAAUGAAACAGUACAGUCUUCUCCAACUAAGUCCAAGGAGAAGAAAAGUGAAAGUGAGCCUGUACACCCAUCGGCACACACAGACGAAGGAAAAAAAUACGGCACGUUACUUCGCACGAGAGGAGAGGAAUGGAGAGAUAAAAUUUAUGUUGAUGACUAUCCACUUGAUGGACCUAAUCUUUAUGUAGCAAUUACAGGAUUCAUAGAAGCAUAUCUUGUAGAAAAUCUUAUGAAAAUAGGGGUAGCGGUGACGGCUAUAGUCCAAAUCAAAAUAGAUCCGGUAUACAAUGAAAUAUCAUCAGGUUUGUUUGCAGGGCCGAAAAGAGGACACAGCGCUACCCAACUAAUGAUCGAAAAAUCAUGUGUAUUUUGGGAAACAUUGCAACAGUUACGCUUGAGUAAAUCUUCAGCUGAUCUUUAUAAAAAUAUAGCAUUUAUAGUGUUUACUCCACCAUAUCGUAAUAACGAGACUCUGUCUAGUAGUUCUGAAAAAAUCUACGAUGACAUGAGUUAUCUCAUGUAUGAUAUACAAGACUUAACUAGACAACACAUCCAUUAUUUAGACAGCAUGGAUAUAAAAUAUAUACCAACUGAGAGCAAAAAUGAAUACAUUUUAAAAUACUACUACCACUACAUGGACAAAAUUCCGUUAGAAUGUGUUAGUAUAUUUUUUAUUUUACAAAGCAUGUUACAAACAGUUUGUGUCAGUCACCCCAAUAAUCAAAUUAGCAGUAGAUCUUCUUUAUCUACUAUUUCAACAUUAAUACAGUCCAGAAUUAAAAACCAGGAUAAUUGUGAAAUGGCAGAAACUCUUACUAUGGAAGUAUUUAAGAUAUUAUCCAAACAUAGUUUUAAUAAAAAGAAAUAUCGAGUAACAUGCGGAGAAGAAUAUGACAAUUUCAAAGAGCCAGUAAUGAUAAAAUAUGGUGAUUGUGUCAAAUGUACAACAUUUCACUUAGAAAAUAUAGAUCUAGAAGAUAUUGUUCGGUCUUCACUGGUUCAUAUGCCGUUCUGUAAUUUAUGGAAAAAUCAGACGUAUCCUUCAGACAACUCAAAAGCAAAGCUGAAUUUUCAUUUAGAUGCUCUUCUUUCAUGUUUCGACAGAGACAACGUUAAUGAUUCAAUGUUAAAUAGACUUAUUCAUAUACUAUCUUUUCGAAAAUUAUACGAUAAUAGAAGUUCGUUAAAAGAGCAACAUAUUCCCUCGACCACUUUACCCGAGUUUAAGAGAAUGUAUUUAAAGCGAAGCAUUCUAGCUGAACCGAUACCAAAGAGUCCUUCUUUAUUUUGGACUAGUAGCACAAGUUCACCUCCAUGUCCAACAUUGGUAAGAAGUGAGAGUUAUUCUAAGGUAUUUUCUAAUAGAAGUGAUUCGGAAAUUCAAAACGUUGAAUUGCUCUUUAACUGUCCUGAUUUAAGUGAACUUAUUUCAGCCACUGAAAUAUUAAAUAAUAAACCGCUGGAGCAUUUAGUAGAUGAUUAUGAUUAUUUUGAAGAUUUCUCUGACACUAGUGCUUUGCUAGUAUUGCAUGAAGCUUUUACAAAAUUUAACUGCUUAAAUUACAAAUAUUGCGAUGUAACAGACAAUUUUGUGUUUAUGUUUUAUAAUAAUCAUGACAGUGACGGUAUUUUAUAUGACGAAUGGCGUUGCCAUUUAGUUACACCUGUGUGUUUACAAGAUUUUUUUGAUUUCGUUCUUGAAGAACAGUUUAGAUGGAUUCAAGACGAAGAAAAAAUUCACGACGACAGCAUUGCCCUAAAGAUUAAGUUAGAAUGUAAUGAAUCCAUGGAACAAGUUACUUCGAAAUCCUGCGUGGAAAAUUUUGCAUUAGAGUCAGAGUUAUUAAUUAAAGGCUCUAUUAAGUACCAUGAGAGAACAGAUAUUGAUUAUCUCUCUAAUGAAGAUAUAGAUAGUAAUGAGUUCUCAAUAAAAAAUAAUAGUUUAUCGACUAGAUCUACAGCAGCAGACAGAAAAAGUAGUAGGCCUGAAAAAACCUUGGCGCAAGAUAGUAAAAAAAAAGUGAAGGAGACCGUCGGAGACAGCAAUUUAGAUGUUGCAAGUGAUAAUCAAACUAACGUUAAACCUUUCUCUGGAUAUAAUUUAGGCGAUAGAAGAGUUGAAAUUUUUGGUAAAGAUUCGGCUUACUUUUCUAAGGACGGAACAAAGGUGUUUAGUAACUAUACGAUAACUAUACCUGUGAAUAUGGAGCAUUUAAUUUUAAAAAUUAUUUCCGGUAAUUGUAAUAAUGAAUUUCUGAUGCAUAAAUCUUUAGGAGAUGUAACUCAAUCACAAUGUAGUAAUACUUCUGAAUCUUUUCGGAUUAUAAGCAAGGACCAGGUUUUAAUUUAUGUUAGAAAAAAUUUGUAUAAAAUACCAACUUUUGAUAAUUCUUCUUUCAUAAAACCCGAGCUAAAAGAAAGCCUUAGUAAUACAAAAAUGAGUAAAAACAGUGGUAUGAAUGCAUAUUUUAACGAAUUAAUAUUUUAUUCUUUUUCAAUCACUUGGCCUAAUGGGCUCAUUAUAGAGAGUGUACAUGAAAACAAUUCACAAGCUAUCAGUCAUAUUAAGCAGUUUUUUGUUAGUUCAAAAGCACAUUCUGAUGAAGAUAUGCGAUGUAUCAGUUCGAAUGGAGAAGUUAUUGUAUUUAAAAAAUCGGGCAUUAUAAAAGUGUUUCGACCGGAUGGGACGUGUCAUAAAAUUACAAAAUAUGGAAAGAGACUUGUUUAUCCAAAUAUUAUAGACGAUAGUCGUAGUACCAUAAGUUCGGAUAAAGGCAAUAAAAGGAAAGAUAAAAGUAAGGUUAAGCUUAACAGAUCUUCAAAGUCAUCCAAAAACUCCAUAGAUCAUAAUGAAAUAUUGCCUGAAAAGGAACAAUUGAUUUAUGACUUAUUUAUAGAGGAUUUUGAAACUAUCGAUAGUAGUGGAAUAAAACACACGUGGGUAAGUGACAGUCUUAUUGCAACAGAAAAGCUAUUGGUAAGAAACGCCACAGACUAUUAUUUAGGAGAAGUCUUAUCAAGGCGUGUGGACGGUACUAAAAUGCUUUUAAAUCAAGACGGGGUUUUGGUUAUAUCUUUCCCUGAUGACACAAAAAUUACAACUACUUGUUUUAUUGAAAAUGAGGAAAUUUAUCCAGACUGGUCAGAAUCCGAUCAUUGUUUGUUUAACACUAAUGUCUUUGGAUCAGAUUUAAAAUCGAAAGAUUGGUUAUCAGGUAAGAGUUUCACGAGUACAAGCACAUCCAACAGUUUAAAUAGUAAUAAAUCGAGUAAAGUUGACAAAAGAAAAAGUGAGAAUAGAACUGAUGGCUAUGUAUCUGUUCAAGUAAUAUAUAUAAUAGAACAUACUAAUUUCGCAACUAUUACUAUCGACAAAGCAAGUGAAAAAAUUACAAUAGAAUCUCCAAACAAAACUAGCUUAUCAAUUGAUAAUACAAAUCAAUAUGCAUUUUCACUAGAUGAAUCAACAUCUGCAGCAUUUGAUGGUGAAUAUUUAGAUAUAAAAUUUGAUGCAUGUUCCCCGUGUGAGUCCUCUACAAAUUGUAGAGUUAAAAUAAAUAAUACUAAAAACAACAGCAAAGAUCGAACUUGGCUGUCUAUGAAUGAUUCUUUUUAUAAAAAGAUUGUAAUAGACGAGGAAGGUACGAUUAAACUAGUAGAUGAACUGAAUAAAAAAGACGAAAAUCAAACCAACGAUGCGACUCAUUCUCAUGCUGAAAAUUCCAGUGUAAUUAGCGACAAAAAUGCGCCAGUUCGAGGAACGUAUAAAGAAAUAUUUGAUCCGAAAAUGUUACGAUUUUUCGUAUUCAAUCGGGAUGUAUCAUGUUCAGAAUUAGUACAUCGUGACCUUGUUGAACAAUAUAAAGAUCACUACCAGAAGCAACCUUGGUGCACUAUUAACGAAUACGAUACUUUUGGUGAUUACCGGUGCUUACUCUCUUUCCUAACUCCUAUUCAACUGACAGAAACUGAGAAAUGGUUGAUGCCCUCGAAAUAUACCCAUAAGCCAAAACAGUUGAAAUACAAGGAUUUAAAAAUUGACGUCGGCAAAGGCUUCUACCAUUGGAUGCGGCCAUACGAAAGGUUCGAACCUACACCUACAAAACUCGAAAAUUUGACACUCCCAAGACUGCCUAGGGCUUAUAUUUUAAGAACCUUAGAACAACAAUGGAGUGAGGAGACGAGAGGGAAACUAAAAGGUGCCAAGGAGUUGGUGGGGGCAGUGCUUCGAUAUCGUCGUUUGAUGGAGUCGGAGUGUCAGAAAAUCCUGGAAGUUCCGAUUAGAGAUCCUCGCACGGCAGAAGAGAGACGCGCCGAUCAAAAGUUGCAAGAUAUCGCGCAUAGGAUGUACGAAGACCUCAAGAAUCAGCUCGCUGAUGAUAUUCAAAGUCGGGCCAAACCUACAAUCACAACAAAGGCGCGAAGUCCACGCCAGAAGUCUGUGCGGAGUGACACUGAUGAAGUGACUUGUGAAGAUUUGAAGAAGUCUUGGCAUGAGAAACAAGCUGAGUAUUUAAGUGAGAUCGAAGAAAUUGUUCAGCCCAGCCCUAACCUGCAGCGCUAUUGGCGCCUUCGUGCUGAAGAGAAAAAAGAGGAGGAAUUCUACAAAAAGUUGUUACGCGAAGAGUACGUGCCGCCAUACUUUCGCAAUAUGCUGGGAGGGGCGGCGUGGUCGGAUAUCAACCAGGCAGCUGGAGACGCGGUUGCCUUGGCUGAGCACAAGACUUGUGGUUGCGUGUUCCGUGGAGCCUCUGCAGCAGCCGCUGGCACCACUGAACAUCUUGGCGAAUAG